GAGGGAACAAUUUAUUAAUUUCUGUCUUUGAAUGUCAUGAUCACAAUGUGUGCAGACUUUUGCCAACCAAACGCGAAUUUGUGAUAGCUUACAUCUGUUAUGUUUAUAGCUUUUGUCUUUUGUCACGCGUUUUUAAUAAAUCAUUUGGGACUUAUAGCCUAAUGUGCAUAUGUAUUCAGCAGGUAAAGCAGGCCAAAUGAGAGCAUUCAUAAAAAAAACGCCACAGACGACAAAAUCUGAUAGUUUACAUAUUCAAUUAUUUGAUUUUCUUAGGAUUUGAGUCUUUUUUUUUUUAAAUCUAAGCUGUUGAUUUUUGUUGUAAAUCGUAAAUGUUUGCACAACUGCAUGUGUUACUGUUCGAAAAUCUUUCUUAUUUUUUGUUUUUGUUUUUUCAAUAGGGAUGCAGGAGUGUGGUCUGUCUGUUUAAGGACCUUGGAGAACUCCGCUCCACAGCAGGGCGCGCCUCUGGAAUCUGAAUCGCACUUGCGCGCAAGAUACGUCAAAUUCGGCCGGAAGCAACCUGCUCUCCUGUUGUUACGGAGCUGUUUUUGUCUCAUCUUUUGUUAAUGGAAUUAGCCUCUCCUGGUUUUUGUUUACCCUUAAGCCAAUUUUCUUGUUUUUUGUUUUCUUUGUAAGCGAUACGCUUGCGGGUAUAGGAUGAGGUAUGCGCAUUGUUACUCCAUAGAUCGGGCUCCUCAUCAUUGGCUGGACGCAAAUGCAACCCAAUCCAGCGUGUGCGCGAGGUCUAAACAGCAUGGACACUGCGCAUUCCGGAGCCUCUAAAUAUAUCUAAUAUUAAGGCCAGGAGACACAUGAGGGGGGGUUCUGGUUUAUUCUGGGACAUUUCACUGUCAGGACGCGCCACUUGAAUUAUCUCAGAGAUUGCGAUUAAAAUUGGAGAGCUUUUUUUUAAAAAAAAAAAACAGUAAGAAAGAAAUGCCAUCGCCUUUCAAUGUGAGAUCCAGAGUCCGGGAGAGAAACGGUGUCCUGAAUCGACCCGAGUUCAUAUCCCUCAACCAGCAACCAAGCGGCUCCACCGAGAGCCGCCGCGGCUCCAGACGCUCCGCUCCCACCAUCAUCAUGAAGCCCCAAAGCAGCCAACAGAGCGAAGAACCUACCGACAGCGGCAGCAGGGAUCGGAGGGAGUCCACCAAACUGCCGGAGGAAGACUGCAUGCUGCUCAACCCUUCCUUCAAGGGAAUAGCCAUGAACUCCCUCCUCGCCAUUGACAUCUGCCUGUCCAAGCGCAUGGGGGUGUGCGCCUACACGUCGUCCUCCUGGGGAGGCUGUCGCUCCAUGGUCGCUCUGCUGGCUCUUACGGGGCACGGAAUCACGUGGAUCAUUGGCACUAUCGUGUGUCUCACACGGAGCAACACUCUGGCUGGACAAGAGGUCCUGGUGAACCUGCUGCUGGCCCUGAUCCUUGACGUCAUGACGGUGGCUGGAGUCCAAAGUCUCGUGAAGCGAAGAGGACCCUGGGAGAUGUCGCCGGGCUUCCUGGACUGUGUUGCCAUGGACAAGUACUCAUUCCCUGCUGCCCAUGCCAGUCGGGCAGCCAUGGUCUCCAAGUUCCUGUUGUCCCACCUGGUUCUGGCUGUGCCUCUACGAAUCCUGCUGGUGCUGUGGGCCUUCCUGGUGGGCAUGUCUCGGGUGCUGCUGGGAAAACACCACCUGACAGAUAUGGUGUGCGGCUUUGCAUUGGGAAUGCUGCACUUCAGCCUGAUGGAGACAGUGUGGCUCUCGUCAAACACCUGUCAGACUAUUAUUUCCAUCAGCACACUGAGCUGGAGCCCUUUUUUUUGAGCUUUUGAUGCAAGGCUUUGCCCUGCUUAUUUGAUACUUUGGCCUUGUAGUUGGUCUUGUGAAGUUAUUUUCACAAGAGGCAGAAGAUUUUACUGCAGGGUGUGAACAAAUACUAACGUUUGACCUGCAUGCUAUGUCCCUGAAAGACAGCUUUGAGACACCCAUCAUCUGCUGCUUAGUCUCACUUAAAUAGGAAGUUUGGAAGGUGUCGUUUUUGAAAAGUGUAGAAUCAUUGAAAUGUGGUUGAAUCAAACUCUGUAGCAUCUUUCUUUCUAUUUUCCUUCUCUUUUACUUUGCAUAAUACUGAGACCAAGGGAGAGCUUAAAACACAGUUUGGUGUUGUACUAAAAAAAUGGAUGGUGUUUUCAAGUGUAGACAGUUGUGUUGAUAGUCUAAAUCUUUCCAACUUGCAUGCCAAUUUUCUUCCUAUUUUUCCCAAUUGAUUUAUGUAUGGCCUCAAACAUAGAAUCGCUGGACAUUUUCAAAAAAUUAAUGGGCAACUAAAACUCAAUGCAUUAGUUGGUUCAUCGAUUCUGCUUUAGUAAUGCUAGAAUACAUUACUUUUUUGGCAGAACUAUCAAAAAUUGCUAAUCUCAUCAAUUAAAAAAGCUUCAACAAACCCUUGCUAAACACCUAAAGUGCGUAAUAGAUUUUGUGACACCAAAUAAUCUGAUUUGGCCAUCAGUUUGACAUAAACAUGCAUCAAUUUUAUAUUCUGUUUAAAAUCAGUAAAGAAACUUUCCUUUUAUUGAAAAAACAAAACUUUAAGGCUAUUUUGGAAUAGUUAAAUAUUGUUUAUAUGAUGUUUAUGGGUCUUUAUUUUCUAUACUAUAAGUUGUAUGUAUAAAAUGUGUUGUCAUUGUCUUGCUUUAUGUCAAUAAAAAAAAUCUGUUGGACAAGUAGAAAA